AAGGAAUAAACCAGUUUUCGGACGCCUGCCGGUAGUGCAGUGAUGUAAUCUGUUCCUCUCGAACGACAACAAAUAAAAAAUAACUACUCAAUGUAAACAAGUUGAUAAUUCAUUUGAAAUUCUUCGAAAAGUAACCGAAUUCAAUUAAAAAUAAAAACUUGUUGACUUGAAUUGAUAUUUUUAAUGUUGUGUAUAUUAAUUUAAGCAGUGGAUUAAAAUUUCAAGAAAUGGGUUCGAUUCCGCAGUUAUCCGUUCUCAAAGGACCUUCGCGACCUUUAAAACCCAACUUUUUGCAUCGAAUCUUCGAAGAAAAUCUACAAAAGUAUCAUGAAAAAAUCGCAUUGCAAAUGGAAGAUCCUGAUGGAAAACUCCGACAACAUUCUUAUCAAUCCCUCAACGAAAAAACUAAUCAACUUGCACGCGUAAUUCUCAAAACAAUUCGAGAGAAACAAUUACCAAGAAACAACGAUGGCGAUUAUAUAAUUGCGGUAUGCAUGAAACCCUCUGAUGAACUGGUGGCCAUCUUGUUGGCCAUCUGGAAAGCAGGCUGUGCGUAUUUACCCAUCGAUCCCACUUUUCCCGCCAACCGAGUGGAGCACAUUUUGCGCGAGUCUAAACCAGUGGCUGUUAUCUACAGCCCUGAUAAUAAUGUUCAACCGCAACAACAAAAACAGCCGCAGCACAAUCAGCUAUUCGAUGAAUUGUCGCAUAAACUAAGCGUGGCGAGUAUGCAAAAAGCUGCCGAACGCGAAAGCAAGGAUAAUUUAAAGGACGAUGAAUGCGUCAAACACUUGAAAGACGAUCUUGCUAUCGUGUUGUAUACUUCGGGGAGUACCGGCGUGCCUAAAGGGGUGCGUCUCCCGCACCGCGUGCUCUUGAACCGUCUGCAAUGGCAAUUCAAGACCUUUCCGUACGCGCCGAGCGAAUGCGUGGGCGUCUUCAAAACGGCACUAACGUUCGUCGACAGCGUCAGCGAAAUUUGGGGCCCGCUGCUUAACGGGCUGACCGUGCUUGUUGUGCCCAAGUGCGUCACCACCGAUCCGGAGCGGCUCAUCGCCAUUUUGGAUAAGUACAAAAUUGAAAGAUUAGUAUUGGUUCCAUCAUUAUUGAGAUCAAUGUUGAUGUUUUUGGAGUUAAAAAACAAUAAGAAUCAAUUAAACAACUUGAAAAUUUGGGUUUGUUCCGGAGAAACUUUGGUGGUUUCCCUGGCGCAGGAGUUUUUUGAUUAUUUUACAAAUGGCGAUCAUAUCCUGUGUAAUUUUUACGGAAGUACAGAAAUUAUGGGUGAUGUUACCUAUCACGUGAUCAGUAAUAAGGAUCAACUGCAGUAUGCUAGCAAAGUACCCAUUGGUGCACCUGUAGAUAACACAAUGCUCUACCUCCUGGACAAAGACUACCGCCCAGUAAAAGCCGGUGAAGUGGGUGAGCUCUUUGUCGCUGGUCUCAACCUCGCUGCAGGAUACGUCAACAAUCGUGACCCGGAGAAAUUCAUUAGUAACCCGCUUGCAAUCGAUCCCACAUUCUCAAAACUAUUCCGAACUGGAGAUUUCGCAAGUGUUGAAAAAGGCUACCUUCAAUACGAAGGCCGUACUGAUUCGCAAGUGAAAAUCCGUGGACAUCGCGUUGAUCUUUCCGAAGUAGACAAAGCAGUAAAUUCACUUCAAGAGGUAGAAAAGGGUGUAGUGUUGUGUUACCAACCCGGAGAAAUAAACCAAGCAUUACUCGCGUUUGUUACCACUACAAGUCGUAUUACAGAGAAUGAAAUCGAAGGAUUCCUGCGAGAGAAGUUGUCUAACUAUAUGGUACCGCAGGUUAUUUUGAUUGAGAGUAUUCCUCUGUUGGUUAAUGGUAAAAUUGACAGACAGGCUCUGUUGAAAAUGUACGAAUGCACCAAUAACAACGAUGAUAGUCUGUUCCAAGCCGAAAUUGAUUAUAAUGGCGUACCACAGAAGAAAAUGGAGGCUGCUAAAGUCUUGUUUGAGACAGUGGCGCAGGUAUUGAAUCGUGGUGCAAGGGCAGCCAUUAAUGUCAACGCGAAUUUCUAUGAAAUUGGUGGCAAUUCAUUGAACUCUAUCUUUACCAUUUCCAACUUGAAGGAGAAGGGUUACCAUGUGUCUAUUGGUGAUUUCAUCGCGGCUAUUGAUUUAGGAGAGGUUUUGGAACGUAUGGUGAAGAACGAUGAUGAAAACCAAGUCGAAAUUAAAAUUCAACCCAAAAUUUACCGGACUGAGAUGUUGGGAGAUAAGCACAAGGAAGAUACUAUUAGAAUUUUGACAGCUAGUUUCUUUGAGAAAGCCGAUCUUGAACGUUGGAUUAUUUCUGAAAUCGCUGAUACGGACUACGCUGAGAUUCUAAAUGUAAUCUGGACCGAUUUGGUGGCGAAAGCGCUUUCAUUCGCGACGAUUUCCGCUGAUACCGGAAAAUGUAUUGCCGUGGCACUGAAUUUUGAUGCGCAUGAUGAACCAGCCGUUGAGAUAACCUCAAAAUUAACAAUUGUUUUUGAGUUUUUGGAGUUUUUGGAAGGUCCAAUCAGGGACAACCAACUGCCUAACCAAGUCGGUGACGUUUUGCAUUCGUUCAUGAUGGGAACCGAUCCGGGAUUAUCUGCUAAGGAAAAUGUUGCAGUUAUUCAAUAUAUGGAAGAUGAGGUGUUGAAACUUGCUCAAAAAAGACGAUUCAAGGGAAUCAUGACUACUAAUACAAGUCCUCUUACUCAGCAAUUGGGAUCAAGUGUUUUCGGAUACAAAACACUCUUGGACUAUCAAGUCAACGAAUAUGUGGCUCCUGAUAAUACGAAACCAUUUGGUUUGGCUCCAGCAUCACAACGCGCUAUUGUACAUUGGAAAGAAUUGUAAAUUAUUCACCUGCAGCCUAAAUUUAAUUUAAUUGCUCAUUUAGAUUACGUCUACGUAUUACUUAGGUUAACUAAAUUAUUUAAUGUAUUACACGUUGCCUACAACGAGUUAAUUUGCAUCGCAUCAACGUCGAUUUAUUUUUGAAGAUUUGUUUGUCUAUGACUAUGAUUAUAAUAAAUAGUAGCUAUAAAUCUAUUUAUAUUUACAGCUUUCAAUAUAUUUUUGUGUAUAACUUGCGUUAAGUGAUAAUAUUGUAAUAUUAACUUGUAUAUUUAGGUUAUGUUACCGUUAUUAUAAAUAUUUCAUAUUUAUUAAAUGAAUGUCUAUGUAUUAAAGUAAA